CUUGACAUAACAUCUGACACCUCCUCAUCCUAACCUCCAAUCAUUUCGACCAAAAAGUUGUUUGUUUAUUGCGCCAAAAUUCGUAUUUAAACCAACCAAAAAUGAAAACUUGCCUCUUUUGCAGAAACACUCGCAUUUUCAACAUCCACAACGACUACGGCAACAGCAGCCACACUGCAAAAGACGACAUGUUACAAUUUUUUGGUUACCAGAUAGAAAGCCACCUCAGGCCCGACGAUGCCAUCUGCAACCUCUGCAUGAACAUAAUGGACAACGUCGCCAAGCUCAAACGCCGCCUCCUGCCACUGAUUUUCCGUUCAGAACCCUCGUACAUGGAAGAUUGCAAACCAAUCAACUUCGGCAAAAAGUGGGACGUUUUCGCGUCGAUGAACUUCGAAGAGGAGGACCCCUUUCUGGAGUCGCGCAGCCCCACGCCUAGCAAUUUGUUGAAAUGUAAACGAAUCGUGCCGUACGAGAGCCCCAUCGAGAUGAAAAUCGCGGAAAUCGAGCGCCACCGGAGCUUAAGUCGCACCAGCGUGGCGAAAUCCGAAGCCGAGAGCGAAAUCGUCAACGCGUUUUCGAAAAAGCGCGCUCGGAGGCGGAAACGGGGGCACAAUUGGUCGCGCCGGAAAACCGGGAGGUACUCAUCGGCGAGCACUAACACGAGGCGCAGUGGGAGCACGUCGAGUCGGAGAACGCGGUCGAGGCCCGUGAGCACCAUGUCAAUAAUGAGUACGGAUUCGUACGAGAGUUUUUAUCCUCCAGCCAUGAACGUGGCGUCACCCGCUAUGCCUAGGUCGGAAGAAAGUAGUUUACGGUAUUUGGAUGGGUGUUUACAGAAUAAACGGACGAGGUCUGUGUCAAAGCGUCAAGAGGAGGAAAUUCAGCUAUUUUUUAAAGAAGACGAGUUAUAUGAGUGUGGGGAGGAGGAUUGUUCGUUUAUUAGCGAGGAUAUUGAUGUGUUGGCACAACACAAAAUCAGUAGGCAUAGGCAACUGGCGCUCUUUUGGUGUAACUUCUGUGGGAAAAAAUACACGUCGGGUGAAGAUCUUGAGAUUCAUAAAAGGACGCACUCGGAGCAAUACGCGUGCGUGAUUUGUCACAAGGAGUUUUACUACGACCGGGAUCUUCUGGAUCAUUGGCAGGAACACGUCAAAAAGUCUGUACCUUGUAAAAUUUGUGGGAAGAGGUUUGUGGAUAAGGCUAUUUGUAAUAAACACCAAAAAAAUGUUCAUAGGAGGAAAAUUCCCAGUCGGAUUGAUUAUGAUAAAGUUGUUGAGUCAAACAGUAAACAGAGUAAUGGUUUUGAGGUUAGAAUCCUGGUCCAGGAUGGGGUUAGUUUGCUUGAAGACUAGUAUCAGGGGCAAUAAUUUCAAAUCACUUCAAGUGUCUUGUAUUUUAUGACUUCUAUGAAGUUUGAUAUUGUUAAGGCCGUCAUCAAUGUCAAAGUUUAUCACGAAAUUGUUUAAUUACCGUUUUUAUUUACAAAUGUACAAUUUUAUGCAACUUUAAGUAGCACGUUGUCGAAAAUUAAGUGUAAAACUUGCAAAUUCUCAUUAUGGUUUUACUGAGCUAUUUUAU